AUGAAGAAAAACUUCACCUCUGUGACUGAGUUCAUUCUCCUUGGACUUACUAACCGUGUGGAGCUUCAGGUUUUCUUUUUUGUGUUGUUUUUGAUAGUGUAUAUGGUCACAGUGGCAGGCAACCUGGGCAUGAUCAUGCUCAUCCAGGCCAAUGCCAGGCUACACACACCCAUGUACUUUUUCCUGAGUCACUUAUCCUUUGUGGACAUGUGUUUCUCUUCCAAUGUGACUCCAAAAAUGCUCCAGAUUUUCCUUUCAGAGGGAAAAACUAUCUCCUACCCUGCAUGCUUGGUCCAGUGUUACCUCUUCAUUGCCUUGGUUCAUGUUGAAUUCUACAUCCUGGCUUUGAUGGCCUUCGAUCGGUAUAUGGCCAUCUGCAAACCUCUGCUUUAUGGUAGCAGGAUGUCCCAGAGUGUAUGCAAGUCCCUCAUCACAGUGCCUUACGUGUAUGGGGCACUCACUGGUCUGAUGGAGACCAUGUGGACUUACAGCCUGGCUUUCUGUGGCCAUAAUGAAAUCAAUCACUUCUACUGUGCUGACCCACCGCUGAUUAAGCUGGCUUGUUCUGACACUUACCGCAAAGAAACCUCCAUGUAUGUCGUGGCUGGAUUCAACCUCUCUCUCUCCCUGCUCAUUAUUCUGACUUCCUACCUGUAUAUUUUUCCUGCCAUUCUGAGGAUCAGCUCAACAGAAGGCAAACGCAAAGCUUUCUCCACCUGUGGCUCCCACCUGACAGCUGUUACCAUAUUCUAUGCAACUCUCUUUUUCAUGUAUCUCAGACCACCAUCCAAAGAAUCUGUUGAACAAGGCAAGAUGGUUGCUGUGUUCUAUACCACAAUCAUUCCUAUGUUGAACCCUAUGAUUUACAGCCUGAGGAACAAAGAUGUAAAAGAAGCAAUAAGAAAAGAAUUGUCAUUGAAAAAUGCAUUUUUAUGA